GCCCUCAGCCCCGGGGAAUGCCCACAGCCCCCGCCAUCGAGGCACGGCCGUGGGAGAGGGCCGGCCCCCGCUGCAUCUGAACUCACGACACUCCGACAAAAAUGCCAAAUUAUUUCUUUGAAAGGCACAGAAUUAAAAACCUCAAACCUAGCGCCAGUUUGUGUUAAGGCAGAAGCCUUACGAGGGGAAAAAUAAGUAGAAAAGUAACAUUUUUAUAGCAUUCUGCAGUGACCGCUGUUGAUCUGAAAGAGGCUUUCGGAAAACCUGAGCAGCUGCCUGCUGUUCAUUACCACAAACAGUAAAACUGAGGUACAGGGGCUAAAAACAAUACACAGUUGUCAAAAUUAAAAGUAGAAUUCAGGAUGUGACUCAAGGCAGCCUUAAUACGCCCAUAGUAGGUCACUCAAUUAUAUUUAAAAUAGCAGAUACAAGUAUCAAAGUCAUAGAGGUCUAAGAUAUAUGGAAAUAACAGUAGGUUUGCAAAGAAAUAAACUCACCUUUGCACUUUGAGCAUCCAGCACGCUGCUGUGACCUGGAGACCUUACUCAACAGGGACUCCAUUGCCUGACAAAGCGGUUUCAGGCCAUACCUGGCACUCCAAAGAGCAGAUGUCACAUCACUGCACCUCAGAGACCCUCAGAGGAUUUCAGCCCAUGCUCGUGAUCCCUUGAAGCUUUGUCAGUGUCACCCACAGCCCAGAGGCUGGGCACUGCUGUGCUCCAAGGUCUGCUUUGGUGCAGCAGGAAAGACAAGAAGCUGAAACCAUCCAAGUGCUGUUGGUGGGAUGACAAUGGUAAAGAUUAAAGAGAAAAUAUACUAAAGAAGAAAAAAAACCCAUCAAAAUCCAGAAAACGUGAUGAUAAUUCUAAUGGUGAGGAUCAGCCCACACCAAUAAAUGUCAGAGACUAACUUUCCCCAAUCUAUUAGAAACUUCCUGGCCAGCUAAAACUCAUCCAUUUUCUUAUCAGCAGUGGUAAACAUGUUACUGUUCAGCCCAGCAAUCUGUUAGUUGUAGUUAUUUUACAUAUUAGCUGAUAAAUAGUUAAUUAAAUUGUGUGUAUCCUGCUUGCAGAGUCUCUGUGCUGGUAAAUGAAAAAAGCAACCUGUUGAUCAUGGGUUGCAUGUGCCCUGCUAAGUCCUUUCUCCCUAUUAUAAACAAAAAAUUAAAUUUAAAAACCUGUCCAUACAUAGCCAUUAGCUUUGCUAAUACUACAAGAAGACCAGAACUGAUAUAAUAACAGCACUCAGCAGCUUGGCUAUAUUCAACUCAUAUUCAGUUGCAAUUUUCCCCAUAAACGUAGGUAUAUUCCAAUGGAUUCAAUUGCUGAAGAACUGAAAUAAAUAAUCAAACAACACAAAACACAUGAUAAUUCCUGUCCAACACCAGACCCUGGCACAGCUUGCCCAGAGAAUCUGUGGUUGCCCCAGUCUUGGAAGUGUUCAGGGACAGGUUGGAUGGAGUUUGGAGCAACCUGGGAUAGUGGAAGGUGUCUCUGCCAAAAAAACCCUGAGUGAAACUGCCAUUAUAUUUUUCAAUUUACCAUUUCUAUGGAUUUUGUUGUAGAAGAGGCCUCAUUCCACAGGGAACAGUGAGCUUUACACUGAAAUGUUUGUGUCCUCUCUUUUUGUGACACCUCUAUCUACAUAAAGACCAGCUUCAGUCUUUCCUGAGGACCAUUUAUUUUUAUUAGAAUGGAAAACAAAUACGGAGUUUUAGAUCCUGGAAUUUCUAUUUAAAGUCCCAUUAUAGUUUAGUGUUAAAUAGCAUAACAGCUUGAUUUCUCCCUCCUCUCAUUAAGUGUUGAACAGCUGAGAUAAAAAUUGGAAUGUAUUGAACACUUCCACUUCACAGUUUAAAACACUGGUCAGUGCCUGCCAAUAACAAGAAAUAAAAGAAAUAUAUAUAAGUAAUAAUAAAAGAGAUAAAAAUUAAAGAGCUGGUUCUAAAUGAAGAGCCAUAUUCUGUUCUUCUCCCCAUCUACUAAAAAGCUACUCAAGCAGUGUGCUGCCAGCUCUGCAGUGUGGUCAGAAUGCAUUUGCAGAAAAUAUAUUUUUCUCUUACUCAGCAGCAGUUCAAACAGUUUUUGAAAGCAUCAGACAAAUGUGGAGAAAAAUAUUCAAGGUGAUAACCAGGAUUUUCAUAGUUGAGUUGCUUCCAUUUCUUCUCUACCUCAAGAUGAGUGCUGUGCCAAUCACAUCCGUACAGCAAGAAGAAAAACACCCAGAGUUAGCUGAGUCAGCUGUGUCUGUGACUUGCCUUCAAAUAGCAAGGGCUUGGGUUCUUAAUUAUGGAUGGGGUGAUUAACUUGCACAGACCUCAAAUAUCCAGUGACCCUCAAAUCCAUUGUUUUGGGCACAGAUACCCAUGGGAGUGCUAAUAUUAAAGCUACAAUCAUCAAGGGUGGCUUCAACUUCAACGGAAGAAAUGUUAGAGGAAAGAAAAGGUUUUAUUUCAUUUCUGAAUAAUUUCUGAGUAAGGCCUAAUUCGAAUAUUUCAAUUUCUUUUUAACUGUGUUGCACAGCUGCAAUAAAUGAUUAUUCCUCCAAGUAUACUACCUUGCACACAAUGCUUGGGAAUAUGAGCAACCAAUUAAAUCAGUGCAAAAGUUAAUUUCAGUGGUCUCUGUCAAAUUUCACUAGCAUUCCUCCCACACUUGCACAAGCAUUUACCAACACUGAAUCAGAAUCAGGUCUCAGAAUCUUGACUUCCAAUUCAACAAACAUCUGCUCAAGAAAAGGGACUAACUUAACUAUUCAAGACAGUACUUCCCCCCCCCCUACAAAUUUCUAUUAGCUUCUUCAUAAAGGCUUAGUGAAUUAAUCUUUGCUACUCUCUAUUUCUUUUCUACUCCCUUUUGCCAGCUGUAAAAACUUUAAAAACUAGUACUACAUUCCAAAAAGAUCAUAUCAGAUGUUACAGAGUGCAUGGAACUAAUAGACUUACAUCUCCCCUCUGGAAGAAUAUCUCAUGAAAUACCUAAUAUUUUACAGCGUUCAAGUAAUACCCUUCAUAUAUAUAUAUGUAUAAAGCAGCUCUCAUGUCCCAAAGAAAAUAGAAAGUCUCACUUGGAAAUUAAUUAAGACUUUAAAUCUUACCUUAUUCGUUACAAAUUCUUUGUUCAUUAGACCACCCUGUACUUAGAUUUUUUUCUAAAAAAUCCCAAAACAAAACAGCACUAAUCAAAAAUAACUAUGAGAAGACUGUUCAGAAUCACAGGAAGUGUUUUAAUGACUGGUCAAGCAUAAAAAUUAAUGGAUAAAAAUCUUGAUUGACAUAGGAGUAUGAAGGACUGUAGGAUUUUAAAAGUGAUUCAGUGCUGCCAGCGGCAGAUUCUGCUUUAUUUAAAGCUGCAGAAAGCUCUGUUUCCUGUAUUGGAAGCUCCUUCAGCCCCAGCAGCCAGCAAAAGUUAAUUCUGCAUGUUGUGUUAGGGGAAGAAAUGGAUGGUGGAAUCGGAGUCUUUUAAAUAAAGAGAAUCCACGCAUCUUUUUGUGUCUCAGCACAGGACGAUUUAAAUGACAGACACAGGUCAUGGCUCCAAACCUCAUUCAGCCACCACCCAACCCAAGGGAUUUCUUCAGAGAUUUUUCUCUUUUUUCCCCUAAGGUCUCACAAUUACCAGCUCUCUUGAGAUAAUAUAGUGGCUUUCUAUUCUUAGCUUAUUUCUCCCCUCCCUCUCCCUCUCUCACACACACACACACACACUUCCUACUCAAAACAAGACCCAGUGAAACCCUCUGCCCACAUAGUUAUAAUUCCCAAGAGAACUUGCAUAUGCUUUUGUUUUGGGCAGUGACAAUGUGCAUAUGUUUUGAUUUCAGGCCCCCCCCAUUGGCUCUCAGGCUCCACUUUAAUGAAGACAGACCAGCUAUUAAACUCACCAGUUUCAGCAAGCUAUAACCCAGCUUCUAGAGUUCCUCUGACCUUACAAGUUGGAGUGAGAUUUUCUAACAUGUUGCCUGUUAAAGGGUAUUACCGAGUAAAUGUUUUGGGUUAGCAAAUACACACAUUUUCCUGUUGGUGUUUGGUUUGAAAAGUGUACAGUGCUUGGACUCUUUCAUAACAAGCCUGAGAUAAAGAUCGAGAGUAGUAAAUCAGAUAAGUGCUGUGAAGAAGAACAGCAAAGUUACCCCUGAGCUUAAGUUACUAAGAAGAAAUCCAAGAACGGUGGAAAUGGACAGAUAAGUUUUUGUAGUUGUCAUUCCUCACCAUUAAAGUGAGUUACAACUGCUAAAAACAGGAACCCACAGAGAUAUAAUCAAACUGAUUCAAUUAAUUUUCUGUUUACUUGCACAUAAACAAGUGAUGAAAAAUAUUGCUGGAUAUUUUGCAGGAAGUUCCUUAAGCUUUUUCUCUUCUUCCUAAAUACUCCAUGCCCGGGAGAGGAAAGAGUUUGGGGCAGUCCCAGUCAGCCAGUCAGACUUCUAUCUUUAAUAGAGACGUAAUCAUUUUUGCUUUAAAAGUUACAUGAGUCACAAAUCAUCCCUGUCAUGUGAAGCCAGACUCAUCACAGUUGGAAGAAAAAAGGUGCCCCAAAUGAAGUUUGCCACAGGUACCUGGGUUAUAAUACUGUUUGGCACUGAAAGACAAGAAGAUUCCACCUUCUGGAGCAUAGAUAUCAUGGAUUCAAAUUCCAACACUGUGGUGGUGACUGGUUUUGGUCCCUUCAGACAAUACCUGGUUAAUUCCAGCUGGGAAGCAGUGAAGGAGCUGUCCAAGAGAGGCCUUGGUGAAAACAUUGAUCUCCAGAUCAUGCAGCUGCCAGUGGUUUACCAAAAAGCAAAGGAGCAAGUCUGCAAGAUAUGGACAACGCUUCAGCCACUGCUUACAGUUCAUGUUGGGCUGGCUUCGUCCACCGCAGCGCUCAUCAUCCUGGAGCAGUGUGGGAAGAACAAAGGCUACCAGGAGAGGGAUGCUGGUGGUUUUCACCCAGAAGGUGCCUGCUGCGUGCUAGGUGGCCCAGAAAAGAUUGAAUCUACAAUUAAUAUGAAGACUCUCUGGAAAAACAUCUCAGUGGAAGGGAUUGAUAUCAUCCUCUCCAGAGACGCGGGAAGGUACAUCUGUGAUUACACCUACUACACUUCUCUGUAUUAUGGCAAUGGAAGAGCUGCUUUCAUCCAUGUCCCUCCAUUAUCUGAGUCGGUAACAGCAGAAUUUCUAGGAAAAGCAUUACAGACCAUUAUCUUAGCAAUGUUAGAACAGUGUGGGGAACAAAGAGAGAUGGAUCACAGAAGGAAAAAAUGAUCAUUUCUUAGAAUGCAAUUCCUUACCUCUGAAAUGAAGCAGAUUUAAAGAUUAUUUAAAACCCCCAUACAAAGGAUUUUAUAGCCCACAUUAUUUUCAGUGAAAUUUCUUUGCAAACUCAACCAACCAUUUGCAUCUCAUAGAAAAGGCUUGAGGGGAAAAAAGCAAAAUGAUUGGUUGUUCAUAUUGCUAACAAUAAAGUUGUUCAGAUUUCAGAAAUUGUGAUACUGGAUUGAAAACAUUUUAGAUGCUUAAUCCUGGUUCUGUUGGUUAGAAAGUCAUCAAUAAAGAUUUGCUGACCCCAGAUGGAUCUCACAGCUGUAAGGACUCAGCAGAGGAUGGAAGUAACAGAGAUCCCCUUCAGCCCCUGAGUCCAAGGUUCAGCCCACAAAAAAUCUGGGUACGGGAGAAACCAAAACACGCUUGGAGAUUCUGGUGUGUGAAGUUUUACAGUUCUCUCUUACUGACCUGCUGUAGAUGCUGCUUUCCACACCAGCAACGGGCUCUGAGCUAGAGCGACUUCAGAGAGCACAGAAAACUGGAAACCAGCAGGAUCUAUGAUGCUGCUGGUAACUUGAGUUUCAACCCAGAACAGCCACUGUCCCCAGAUUCUCGGUGCCUGUCCCAAGGGAAAACCCCUUAGUCCUUCCACAGAGCACAGCCCAAAGGCAAAUCCAAAGAUAACCUGUCCCAAGAGAGGCAAUCCUGAAGCACUGUGGUGAGGAUUAGGGCACGUGAGGUUACCUACAGAACAGGCACCAAACAUGGUGUAAAAACUGUAAAACAUGGGAGCAGACUCUUCCCCAUCUCAAGCAGCUCCAUACAGAUGUGCUGGGACCACAGAGGGUCAGAGCACUGCCCUUCAGCACACAGGGAAUGUCCACACUCUCCUCUGAAAUCCUGCUGCCAGGACACAGGGACAAGAUGAAAUCAGUCAGGAACAGCACAGCAGCAGCUCAAUCUGGACACCUGGGAUUUCCUGAGAGAAACAAAAGCCUGUUCCUCAAGCAUCAUCAGUGAAAAGGACAAGAGACAAAUGCAACAGCACAGGCAGCUGCUGGGGCUUCAGGCCAUCACUGAGCUUGUUUUAGUCAACACGUUGGUGCCAAGAGUCUGAGGAACUGGGAAUGCCAAGAUAAUGCUGGCUUUCUGGCCACUGUCCUUUCCAGUGUUACAGAAAGCUGAAAACCAGGUACUGGCUGGCUGAAUGCCUCACAUGGGGAUUGCUCUGCAGGUAAAUAAAUAACUAACAAUGCUCACCUUAUUCACAGGAACCGCCUCGUGCAAAACUGCUCAAAUCUCAGCCAUGAAGGAUCCAAAAGCUCGGUGUCUCUGGAUGAAAAUGCUUUUGAUUUCAACCAAACAAUGGCACUGACUCCUAUUAAGAGUAGCUCAAUUAGAUGCAGCCAGAAAGGGCAGAGGAAGACCAGAGCAGCUUUGCUCUGAGUUUUCCAACCUGUACUCGGUUUGCAUAAGGAGCAACAAAAUCAGAAACAAACAAAUGCAUACAGAAUUCUUUUAUUUAACUUAAAUCAUGUAGUACUGAAACUACUAGAAAAAAGCAGAGUAAGAGAAACUAAAGGAGCCUUAGCUUCAGCCAUUCAAAAUAGACAAAGUUUCUUCUUUUCAUAAUGUAAAGAAUCCCGAGUAUAUCGCAAUAACAGGAAUAAAUUCUUACAACAGAAUAUACAAAAACAUUUUGAAAUUUUUUUAAUCUACUGAUUCAUUUUAAUAUAAACACAGGAAUUUCUUUAGGAAUAAUUUAUACACAGCAAGUCUUUUUAUGUAAUAAAUUGGCCAUGUUAUUGUUUAAUUUUCUCUUAAAAAAAUUUAAACAAGAAAAAUUGGAAAAUGUAUUUGCAACUGCAUCCAUUCCUUAGCACUUUCUCGUUUUUUGUCCCAGAGGUAGACAAACUCUGGCCAAUCCUUUCAUCUCAAACCUCACUGGUUCAGAAAACAGAAGAAGAGAAAGGCAUCCCUGUCCACAGCAGAGGUUGGAUCUUUGAGAUUUUUAAAUAACAAUAAAUAGGGACCCUCCCUUGCUCAUUUCAACAAAGCUUCCAAUGGUGCUCAACAGCUUUAGAGGCUGCACACAAGCAUUUAAAGUGAUAAGAAAUUUGCAAAGAAUUCUUCAAUAGCAAUUACCAAAACCACCUUCCCUCUUUCCCUUACGCAGUGGCAUCCUUCACAUGCCCCCGAGGCGCAGGCGCCAGCGGCCCCGGGAGCUGGGGAGCAGCAAACCCCGCUCUGCUUCCCUGACCAGUGAGGCUCCUGGCAUCCAUGAAGGCAACUGCCCUAGACAGCAAAGUGAAAUGACCAGGAAAGAGGAUCCCACCCCAACCAGAGGGCUCUGGAAGACCAGGAUACUGAAGAUACAGAACAUUUUCCCACCUCCUUUACUCACUCGCUGUAUACUGGGUCACAAAGCUUGGGCGGGACGGGGGAGAGGGACAAGCCAUGAAUUGGACAAGUCAGCGAUUCCUUUUUGGCAUAUUGUAAAGCUAACUAGUAACUGGUACCAUGGAAAAACUGAUCACAGACAGACACACCCACACACGGACACAGAAAAGUGCCCUUAAAUUAUAUUUUAGGCAUUUAUAAACUACAAACAUUUUAUAAAAUUAUUCUAUGUACUUACAAAACGCAAUGAAACAUUUAGUUAGUUCUUGUAAACCAGAUCUUCGUCAACUGACUACCCGUAAUCUACUGGACUUAAAGCCCUAUUGAAAAUGCUAAUUAAUGGUUACUAAUCAACAGAACGCAUACCCAAAAAAAUAUAUAUGAGCACACACGCAAAUGCACACACACAAACUAGUGAAGUCCUAAGGUACUUGCAGAACAGGCCGACUGUAGGCGAGACCAAUCCGUACAGGCCGAUGACCAAGCACUGUCACACUCCUGGUAAGGAAUUUACUGCUCCAGCUGCCAAAUCCAGAGGUUCAUUUACAAGUACCAACAAUCAGAAUUGGGACACCUGAGCGCUGACGCUGUGCCACAGAUUAAGCUCAGGAUACUACCUCAAACUUCUGCCAAACCCUGCGUCUCUGUAAAUCCCCACUGCUGCAUCCUUUGUUGUCAGGUGUCUCCCCACAAACUCCUCCGUGCUGACUGACCCAGCUGCUCCAUGUCAGAGGCUGUUCAGCACCUCUGAGCAACCACUUCUGAACCAAGGUGUCCUUCGAAGCCCUCCUGUCUACUUGAGUUCUGUAUCUUCAGCACCCCUGGCCACUUGUGCUGUUUCUACACAUCACUCUUCAAUCCUUGUCUGCACAUCUACUCAUGGGUUAAGUUGCAAUAUCUGGCUUUAUCACUGGUUAGUAAGGAGUGGAUCCCUUGCACCUUCCUCCACUGUUGUUCAGCCCAGUGAUUGAAUACACGGUUGACAAACAAAAUAAGAAUAACAGGAAACAAGUGUUACUUGUACUAAUGGAAUGAAAAGGGUUUAAAUAGAUAUAUAUCUAUAUUAUAGAUAUACAUAUGCAGAUAUAUAUAUGUAUAUAUAGAUAUAUAUGUAUGGAGUUACACCAACAAUAGGAGUGUUGUUCACUUCGACUCAGAUUGAACCCAACACCCCUCAGCAGUUCUCAGAGGGCCUGACAGCAGCACCCUCUGCUCACCAGUCAUCCUGGGCAAACUGGGCUUUCUUUCCUUUGUUUUAAGAGACCAAGAGGAGCAUCAGUGCACCUGGAACCACAGAGCACUUGGCACCAGCUGGGAGGAGCAGGGGCAUCACACAGGGUGGCUCCACACCUCGCACCGUGCUCGGCUGCCGCCUCUGGUUUAUCAUCCCACCAAGGAGCACCUGAUUUAGUGCCACGGCUGCGUCUGCACAGCAAUCGUGUUCCCUGCAACCAAACCACCUCCUCUGCCAGGGCACCCUGCAGUGCCACUCAGGAGAGCCCCAGAGCCGAGCCCUGCAGUCCCAGCCGCCUGCUCCCCUCGGCGACGCCGGCUCGUUAUCCCACCGCAUCGGAACAUCCUGCUGCCGUUCCUCAACGUGCUGGUUUUCAGGGCUGGGUGGGCUUUUGUGUUUAAUUUAUAAACAAACUGGAUUACUUUAACUUUAUUCAAACAUAGCUGAAGUUCUAAAUAAAUUUUCCAUACCAGACAAGCCAGUGGUCUCAGGGAAGAACAACAUUACAAACCAUAUUAUGACUCUAUCAAGCCAACAUUAAUUCUCAGUUGUUCACAUGCACAAACAACUCGAUUUACUGUCCAAGGGAAGUCUGCAUGAAAAACCCAUGUGAAUAAAGCUAUUCAAAAUGCACAAAACACAACAAAAAAAGCUAUGGAAACAAACAGAACAAAAAAGGAAUUAAGCUUGAAUUGCAAACACAGAAUGCAAUGGUAUCAUGAAGGUGGUUUGGUCCAGGAGAGCUGACUGCCAUCACACACGGACACGAGGCCUCGUGGCUGUCUUCUACUGAAGUGCUUUUUGAAAUGCUUCUUGUGAUGCUACGUCAUUAGUGUUUCUUCCUAAUGCAUUGUAAAACCACCUACAUACAAUUCUACAAACCAGAAACUCGGACAGUUUUAACAAAACCCUCCUAGCCAGCUGAAAGAUCUGAGGAUCUCCAGUUGUGGUAAUCAAUAUGUGCAAGGGAGGGGAACAGCCACUGCACCCAAAGGUCACUUGAACAUCAAACACGGAAAACCAAACGAAUAUAGUGAAAACUUCCAAUUUUGCUGGCUUCUCAGGACUAGGGAGAAAAGCUCCCUCCAAAGACAAACUGUAGUAGUUAACCACAGCACUGUGUAUCCAAGAGGCCGGGUACAACUCCAAGUAGCCAAGCACCACAUUACGCAGAUACCACAACCAACACCUGCACGAACAGCUGCCAGAGCUGGAAAAAAGGAAACAUUAUACAGCAAGCUGAUGGCAAGCUCGUGUUAGUCCUGUGUGCUUGUAAACCAGUUACACGCUGUCAGAGGGCAGUUAAAAUUUGAUGGCUGGUCCAUCAGAAUCCACAGUUACAAUGCAUAUAAACAGGGGAAGAAAGGGGAACUGACUUUUUACUGGCACAUUAAAAGAAAUCAAUUCAAUGUUAGUUUUGAAAAAAAAAUUUAGAAAAAAAAUCAGUGCUCUCAUCAAACAGAAGCAGCAAAGACCAAAGCUGUAAAUUUGAUGUAGCAGCCAGUGACAGGUUUUGGUCAAGAAAGCAAUGCCCUCCCAUAUGAGCCAAUUUAUUUUUGGGAUCUGAUUCAGCCAAGUAUCUUUUUGAUGCUUGUCACAUCUGAGCAAGAACUUGCAGGAAUGACUUAGUCCAUUCUACAGGACAGACGGAAAGAACAUUCCCUUUAGUAUUUCUUCUGGACCUUUCAACAUUGUAAACAUUUGAAUUCCAUAACAGAUUUCAUGAAAUACUCACAAUUUGGAGUUCCCACAUCAGGCCAGCUGCAUUUCCACUCAUCCAAAUACAGCAUAUUGCUGCUGACCCAAGGGCUGCUGUGACAGCACAUUAAAAAGCCUCUGUGUUUCCUUAAAGAAUGGUCACCCUAAGUCAGACAACUCUUGGAUUUCUCCUCACAACAACAAAUUUUAAGAAAUGGGAGAAACCCCUUGGAAUUGAAGCAAAUAUUCUGAGGUGACCCUCUGUGACAGGCAGUGACUGUUCCCCUCCAGAACCUAGAGCAUGUGGUAUAUGGAGUGAGAGGUUACCAGUAUCAACGGCAUUUAUUGGCUGCUGAGAAAUGUGAGAUGUAUUUUUUUUAUAUACACACAUAUAAAAAAAUAAGAGUGAGGUAGAUAAAUGUUUGAAAAAAAAAAAAUCAAAAAACUGUCCCCCUGUCAUACUCUAAAACCCUUAUCUCAGUAUUUAAAUUCGUUAUGGGGCAUCUCUACAGUGAUUUAAACUGAUAUCACAAAAAUAAAUAAAAAAUCCUACAUAGAAUACCUUCUUAAUUAACUUUUUUGUCUUUUUCAUUUUCAAAAGGGAAAAAUAACUAUGGGACAGAGGCAAGAGAAGAUAAUGGGAUCUAAACUACACAAGCAAAAAGCACUACAAACUUUUAAAAAUCUCCAGUCAAAACUAGCAAUCAGUAUAUUUUUACUCAUUGUUCUUACUCAAAAGAUUUGAACAUUUCCAUCCCAGAACCACCUCUUCCUGCCAUCGUUUGGUUGGAUCAGUGCUAAACAAAGGCCUAGACUGGAACUAAGGUAAGAUGAGCAACUGCUGCGACUCCUUGGGUGUCGACUUCCUGACGGCCCCUCCUUCCCCUCUCACCAAGGCUUCUGCAACUGAACAAACAAGCUCACUCGUCUUCUUUUGUUCUGAGGUUUGGUCUGUGAUUUAAGCCACAAGCUUGGACUUGUACAGGUUUCCAUAGCUGCCAACAGUUCACUGUUUGCCAGCCAAGCCGGCCCCAGCUCCCAGCUUCCCACCAGCCCCACGGAAACAGCUUCCCUUUGGUUGGGGGUGGUUUUCUUCACCAGGGCUGGAAGUGCAGCCCAGGUGCCCUCCACGAGGGCUCCCUCCAGGAGGGCUUCCCCAUCAGGAAGGGAAAGGCUGGGGCUGGCUGGAGCCAGGUGAUCCAUGGCCACCUUAGGAAUGCCUGGCAUCGCCAGCUGCACCUGGCACAGCUCUUGUUCACAGGGUGGAAGGGUUAAAAGAAUCUUUUUAAGGAUCAGUGACCCAAAAGCCUGGUGUCUGCUGUUGUACCCAACUAAUAAUUUAAAAAGAAUACAUGAGUGUGUGUGUCUGUGUGGGGAUGGGCGGGUGGAUGUGUGAACAAGCGGGGAGGGCAGGAGGGGUAGGACCCUUGCACAACAAUGAAUAUAAACACUGAACAAGGAUGUACUAAAUAGUUAACCUUUUGUUUCUGACCUGAGUUUGUAUCACGCCUUGCACUGUAAGAGACUCUGUGCUGUCUGGGCAGAGGUUAGUGGGAAGGAAGGAAAACAGGGGCUUAAAAACACCACACCACAGCACUGCCAGAGUGUUCCUGUGCGGGGUGUCCCUUCUUUCUCCUUGUCCCCCUCCAAAGCCCUGUAGCCCACACAGCCAAGAUGUUGUAAAACAACUAAUGGGAAGGAAAAUAAAAUUAAAAAAAAAAUUAAAAAAAAAAGGAGGAAAUGUAUUUAUAAAAAGGCAUUAAACAGUUCAUGGCAAAUCAUAUGAAAGGUAUCAGUUACUGGGAAGGAGGAAGUAAAAGUUACACACUAUAGUACAAAGCAUAAGAAAAUUUGUUGAAGUGGAAGGGAAGGGAAGGAGGGCAGACCUGAAGGUUUUCAUAGAUUAAAUCCACAAAGAUAAAGAACAAAAAAAAUAGCAGCUUUUUUCUGUACAGACAUAUAGAUGAGUAUCUGAACCGUAAGAAAGUUAUAAAAGUGACACAAAAGACAAUGUGUAUGCAAAUGAUCCAUGGUCUAACAUAGAACUGCAAGACCCUUCGAGAAGUCUUAAUAAUAAAGAGAAAAGGUCAACAAAGCAUCGUAUACUUGAAUCCGGUUACUGCUUUUUUUUGUCUUCUCCAAUUUAUGUUUCUAGGUGUUUUUUCCUUGCAAGCCUGGGAAGGAAGGCAGGCUGCAACGAUGGAGAUCUCGGCCGCUUAUUUUCAGGUUUUCAUAACUCAUUUUUGGCGGGCGGUUGACUUUUUUUGUACGAAAUGCACGUGUUUGUUUAGCUCACCACUGCCAGUUUUGUCCAGAAUUCACUGGGAUGGGAACAGGGGUGGAGGGAGGGCUGGUUCUUUACCCCAUCCCUUUUAUCUUCUCCAUCACAAGAAAAAAGAAAUAAAAAUCACAUUCUGUCCAGUUUUGAAAAAAGAUCUAGACAAUUUGACUUUUUUUAAUUUUUUUUUUAAAUACCAGUGCAUGACUGAAUAGAACAUUGGUCAGGAUCUGUUUUGAACAGAGCAGUUGAUUACUGUGCUCCUUCCAUGACUACAAAAAAACAAAAAAGAAAGCAAAAAAACAAACAAAAACAAAAAACAAAGAGUUCAUUUUUUUGGCAAAAUUUGGCAGCGUUGAAAAUGGUAACAGCCUUGGACGAAUGAUGGCCCUUUUUUAUUCUUUUACAUGUUCCUAAAAAGAUUAAAGAGCAACAUUAAAAAUCCAGUCUUUUUUAGUUUAGGGUUUUUUUUGUGUGUGGUUUUUUUUGUUUCUUUGUGGUUUUUUUUUGUUUGUGUUUUUUUAUAAAGACCUACAGUGUUAGGCAGGUGCUUGCAGGGGUACCGGGAACCACCUGGCCUGCAAUAUCUUUGAUCUGAUAAAAGUGCUGUACGGUUGAACUUGCACGCAGAUAUGUUUCCCAUUAUGAAGCAAAAAGAGAGACAGAAAGAAAGAGAAAGAAGAGAGAGGAGAGACAUCAGAUCUCAAGUUUUCUGUUGCUAUUAAGUGUUAACAUUUAAGAGUUUUAAAAGGCCAACUGUGUGCCCCAUUACUGGAGUCCUUGACUGAAACAAACAUCUGC